UAUUUGCAAAGAACCUAAAUUAACACCUGAUGACAUAAGCACUUUUAACAGUGAUCAGGUCAUUUUGUCGAUGACUUACCCCUGCUGUCUCAAUUUCUCCGCUGUAGGGAGUUCUCUCCAACAUCUCAUCCAUCACUGACCUGGGUGGUCUGGACCCAGUCUGGCUCUUCAUGGUGGUCGGUGGUGUCAUGUUCAUCCUGGGCUUUGCAGGAUGCAUCGGAGCACUGAGGGAAAACACCUUCCUGCUCAAGUUUUUCUCCGUAUUUCUGGGAAUCAUCUUUUUCCUGGAGCUGACAACCGGAGUGUUGGCCUUUGUCUUUAAAGACUGGAUCAAAGAUCAGCUAAACUUGUUCAUCAACAACAACAUCCGUGCGUACCGAGACGACAUCGAUCUGCAGAACCUCAUCGACUUCACUCAGGAAUACGUAAGCGAAUGUCUUAAAAAAAAUAAUCUGAUUUCUUUCAGAAAUUAAAGAUGUAAACUUUAAAGGUUUUGGACUUAAUUUAAUUUUUAAAUCCUGUUUUAUUUUUGUUUUCUAAACACGAUGAAUGAACAAUACUGUUUUCAGAAAUCUGAAGCUGGCUGUUUGAAGCGCUGACUUGUCUUGUAUGUACGGACAGGAAGUCAAACUCAAACAAACUAGUUCAAAGUAAUAAACAGACCACUGGCAUGCUCAUUACAAAUGUAACUGAAGCUUCCUAGUCCAGUACUGAAAUAUAUAUUUGCAUAGAUAAAACCAAUGUAUUAAUAACAA